UAGUUAAAAAAUAGGGAUAAACGAAUAAAGUAGAAUCCAAAUAAAUUCGAGAUAAAUAAUCGUUAGUAUCCUCUCACGUGUGUCAAACUCGAAUUUACGCAACAGAAUUUAUAAAAACAAAAUGCGGGUGCAGUCGGUGAUAUUUGUUUCACUAUUGUGGCUAUCGGAUUGUAGUGCAUAUCGCUUUCUCGGAGUGUUUCCAUUUCCCGGCAGGAGCCAUUUCGUAGUGCCGGAGAGCUUGAUGAAGAGUUUGGCCGAUAAAGGGCAUCAGGUCGACGUAAUCAGUCACUUUCCACAGAAGAAACCUUAUCCAAACUAUACCGAUAUCGCAAAAUUGGCAACGACAGUGAUAUAUGAUAACAAUGUGACAUAUGAAUUUAUAAUGCAAAUGCCAAACAGGAAUAUGGUGAAUACCCUCGCGACAUUCGGUGGUAAUUAUGUUUGUGAAGCCUCUCUGGGGAAUCCGGUAAUACAAAAACUAGUGCGCGAACCACCAAAGAAUCCAUCGUACGACGCAAUGAUCAUGGAGAUCUUCAACGCACAUUGUUUCGCGGCCAUCGCUGAUUUAUUACAUAUACCCUUGAUCGGAGUCAGCACGACGUCGAUGUAUCCAUGGCAUAGUGAAUUAAUCGGUCAACCAGAGAACUUGGCCUUCGUAUCAAACGUCAUUGUAAGACAGGAAUUUCCCAAGACUGUGUGGCAACGUACGUACAACACUCUCCACACUCUCUACUGCAAGUUGUACUUCAAUUAUCUCACGAGACCGCAAGACGAGUUAGUAAGGAAGCACUUUGGACCGAAUCUUCCAAGUAUACAGAAAAUGAACCUGGCAUUGAUUCUUAUCAAUACUCACAUCGCUCUGCAUGGAAUCCAGCCGAUGACACCCGCUGCCGUCCAAAUAGGAGGGAUUCAGAUCCGAGAGGACGAUUCGCCGUUGCCGCAGGAAUUGAAGAACUGGAUGGACGAUAGUAAGGACGGUUUUGUAUACUUCACCUUCGGCUCGAUGGUGCUGAUUGAAACGUUUCCACGCACAAUCCUCGAUGUGUUUUAUGUCUCCUUGGGCAAGAUAGCACCUGUACGUGUUUUAAUAAAGGUACCGAAUCCAGAAAAAUUGCCGGCUGGCUUACCCGAAAAUAUUCGCACGUUCCGUUGGAUGCCGCAAGUUAAAGUAUUAAAGCAUCCAAACAUAAGAGCCUUCGUCACUCACGGCGGACUCAUGAGCACUAUGGAAGCGAUCUUCUGCGGUGUUCCCAUGAUCGGCAUGCCACUUUACGCCGAUCAGUUUAAGAACGUUGAAGCAUGUGUCACGAGAAACGUCUCUGUGAAACUGGACGUUCAUAAGAUGACUGAGAAAGACAUGGAUGCAGCCUUGAACGCAAUCUUGCACGAUCCACGAUACAUGGAGAAUAUAAGAAAUCUAUCGCAGAGAGUUCACGAUCAACCGCUGAGGCCUGCUGACAUCGCGAAUUAUUGGAUCGAAUACGUGAUUAAAUACGGCGACGAUGUGUUGCGAUCGCCCGCCAUGGAUUUGGCCUGGUGGCAAAUAUGCCUCAUUGAUGUGGCCGCGUGUUUUCUAUUUUGUGUGACAGCAAUUAUUACUGUUGCGAUGUUCAUUAUAUGCUUUGUGAUGAAGAUGAUAAAUGGAAAUCAUCACAUGUUUUUAUAGAUGUUUUCCUGUAGAACCGUUUGGGUCUUCACAUGUAAAAUCAGUAAGACUCGUAUUGCACGAGUAAAAGAUGAAGUGUUACUGUGAUGUAACAAUAGUCUCAACUUUUACGUUGUAAUCACAAUGCUUAUAAUAUUCAAAAUGAACGACCAAUAUUAGAGAUUUAAUUGUUUAUUAACUACGUCAAACAAUUGUAAAUUGUGCUAAUAAGCAUAAGCGCCGACAGUACAAAAGUAGGAAUACCAGAUGAAUUUAAAUUGUGUAAAUAUUGAUGUAAAACAAUUGCGAUAAAUACUCCUUUACUACAUUAUACAUGUAGUCAAGUUAUAAUUUGCGGACUUAACAGUCUCAUUUAGCUUAAGUUCAGCAAGUAGCCGUCGCAACUGUUCAGCUUCGGUUCUUAUAUUCUCUAUUCUCUUAUGUCUGAUUAUUUAAUUAUUUCUUAUAUUGUCCAGUAAAAACUAGAUCAAAUAUAAGAAUGUUAUUACAAUAUCGCUAG